CAAAAUCACAGCGUUGGAUACUUGAGGGUCUCGUUCCCUUGCUCGUGAUUGUGCAUGGUGCGUGGUAGCCAUCGUGCGCGCAAGGAUAGGUUCUUAAUUCCCGUUGGAAUGGUGUGCACUCCGGGUCAAUUAUCCUCCACCGGAAGCGCCCGAUCGUGACGUUCCUCACCCUCAUCUUCCAGCAAGGACAACCCAUUUGUCGGCCUGAACCACUCCUCCUAUGAAACCGCGUCCUAGCGGGGGAAUCUCGUCCGGUGACAGGUCAGGCGUGGUCUGCGCGGACGGCUACCGCGUGGAGGAGGAUGUCGCUAGUAGACAAGAACGCCGUGUGUUGGGAUGGGCUGGUUCGAGAGACUUUGUGGUUCUUGUCGUGUAUGGCGGUCCUGUCGACGUCGUAAAAGUAGCGUACAGCCUUUGGGUGGCGUACGGGCGCGAGUUAAGGGUAGCAAAUCCUGGCGAUGCAAAAUGCGCUCCGGAAACGUCGUCGGCGACGCGAUUAUGACCACUUCUUGCAUGAACGUUUCUGUCUUCUGGCUACGAUAUUCA